UUCGGCAAUUUUGAAUACUACGCCCAUACGGAGCCAUUUUAUAAGAAAUAACUAAUUACGCAGUAUGUUAAUUGUCAACUAAGAAAUUGUAAAGGCCACAUAUGCGAUCUUGAUGAUCCGACGACUUUUUCCAACAUAUGGAAGCUAAACGUGCAAAUUCGAGUACUUGGUUGCAUUCGCGCCAUUGAGCCGAAAUGGAGGAGGAUCGAACAUCGGAAACUGUCGUGCUCCCGGACAUGUCCGAACCUCUUACGAAUGAAUCCGAGGAACAUGGUGUUCUAACUUCGGAUGCUCAUCAGGCAGUGGCUCCAGUAUCAGUUCCAGUUGCCUCGGUACCUGUUUCAUUGCCUGUUGGCUCAUUAAUUGGUGUCGCAAGUUCGGGGACGUUCAAUGUUAUCACUCCUGACCAGCUGCUGGCCGGUUCAACACAGUUCAAACCUCAUGUGCUGUGUGUGGAUAACAGUUUCAUAUGUGAUACGCGACAAGAAAAGGAUGCCGACUCCAUUAGAACCUGGGUAAGAUCACAGAAUGGCGAGCUUAAAGCAGCACACAUUGUUAUUCAGAGUGAUCCUGUGGUUGAUGAACAACAAACUCCUACAACACAGGCUAAUGGAUUGGCAAUGCGAGAGAUGCCUCAAACAUCCUGGACAGAAUCUGCUAAUAUGCCUAUUCUUCCUGUUAGGUGUAAGAACACAAGUGCAGAGCUACACAAAAGUAGAUUUGGUUCUGGUGGACGUGGGCGCUGCAUAAAGCUCGGUGAAGCAUGGUACACCCCAAGUGAAUUUGAAGCAUUAUGUGGAAGAGCAUCGAGUAAAGACUGGAAGAGGAGCAUCAGGUUUGGUGGUCGAAGCCUGUUGACAUUAAUUGAUGAGGGGAUAUUAACACCACAUGCAACAAGCUGUACCUGUGCAGCAUGCUGUGAUGAUGACAAUGCGACAGGACCAGUUCGGUUAUUUACACCGUACAAGCGGCGCAAGAGGAAGGAUACUGGUAACUGUGAUGGAAUGGGGCGAAAAAUGAAGAGAUCAUCUUCAAAGGAUGGGGAUGGUAGUAAUGGUGAUGACAGUGAUACUGGUGGUGGAGAUUGUAAGUCGGAGCAAGCUUGGAAUAAUACAGAUUCAUUUGUUCAAAGUAGACUUGGAGAAGGCAUGGUUAGUUCUCCUUCACCAACUCAUUCUAUUGGCGAUGUCUCGGAGAUGCAGCAAGGAACUGUAUCAUCAGUUAAUGAAGGCUUGAAGAGGUUAGAAGAGAUGGCAGGCCGUAUUACAAAGCUGGCUAAUUGCUUCCGGAGAACUCUUGAGGAUACAAAGGAACUUUACCAAAGAGAGAUGAACAAACUUAAGGAUGCAAAAGACCAAGCUGUAUUGGCAGCAAGAGUUGAAACUCAAGUUGCAUGUUCAAGGGCUGUUUUUGAACAAAGGUCAGAUAAUCUGCCUGUCCAUAUUGUGGAUCCAAUUGAAACAGUAGGCCUCCAGCCGACGACAGAUGGUAAUGAAACAAAAAAGUGUGCUAACUGCAAUAGAGAAGCAUUUGCAGAAUGCUCGUUGUGUCGUCGUACACCAUACUGCUCAACAUUUUGCCAGCGUAAAGACUGGACAAGUCAUCAAGUGGAAUGUGUUCGGAAUGCAACUGAUAAUAGUAUUGGACAACCAGCUAGUUCAAUAAUGCUAAUUGUUGAAAGUUCUGAUCAAGUCCUAGGACAUGGUGAAUGUAAUACUUGAGUUAUUCACUCUGAAGGUGCCAAUAAUGCUAACUUAUGUCUGAGGUAUCUGUGAUCUUUACGCUGUGUUAGUGUGUGCUGAUCAUGAUGGAUGUUUUCUGUUUAGUCCAUACAAUUUUCAAAGAAAAAAAUUGCACAUGUUGCAUAUAUGUACAAUCUAAAAAUUUUAUGCACAAAUGUUACUAUGUGUGUUGUGUGAAUACAAUCCAGAAGUAUUGUUAAAAGUAUUACUAGUCAUAUGAGAAUAUUUUUAUGGAAAGUGAGACCUGCUUCUUCCUUUGGUUGAAUUGUGAAUUCUAAUUAGUCAGUUUAACUGCUCUUCAUUGUUGGUACAUUUUUUGUAUCUGUUUUACUUUUACACGAAUGUAAAGGACAUUUUUUGCUAUAUUGUUUUAUAUAUGUAUUUAUAAAACAUUUAUCUUUUGGCUAGUACACAUUGUAUCCUUGUAAAACUGGUUAAAAGUAUACUUAACUGGCAACUGGUAGAGCUUUGUGAAAAUGUGCAAUUCAUUUGUGUUUCUAUUAUUUGAUUACAAUGGUGAUACACAUCUGUUAUGGAGAGCAGCUUUGUGAUUGUAAUGUAAACUUUUUAAUCUAUUUGUGUGUGUGUGUGUGUGUGUGUGUGUGUGUGUGUGUGUGUGUGUGUGUGUGUGUGUAAAUGUAAAUUUAUAUUUAUUAUUUAUUUGUGGUAGUUACUACAUUCUGUUUAUCAUGAAAGGACCUCUUUAAUAGCACACUGUGUGAUGCAGGUAUCUCAAUGUCUUGAGAUAUGCUCCUGUGUGAGAAAAACUGACAAGUUACUUCAGCUAAAUUCCAAAGUUGAUCAGAAUAAAAAAAAUUUUU